UUUAAAAUGGUCGUAUUGACCCAAGGGCUGGGGCCCUUCGUCUCCCGCCGUUUUGGAAGCGAUUGCUACUGCAGUGAAAUACGUUCAAAUUUUUCGAAACAAACAGACGGCUCUUCUUUCGUAGUAUACGGAAAAAUAACCAAACAAAGCGAACUCGAACAUUUUAUAAAGAAUCUACACCAAGAGUUACUAGUACGCUUUGAUUUUUCUUCGUCAUUGUUUUGCAACUUUAGCGAAGAAAAAGUGUCGUCUUUAGAGGGCCCGCCAGCAGCGGAAGCCCUUUCUGCUCUUUCUGCAUGGAUUCAAUGAAACGUAGCGAGGCGAGCAGAAGCCACCACCAGAAUAAGGUGGUUUUAACGAACCAAGAAACAGACAGCAAUAACAAAGUUAAUCUAAGCGGUAGUAAUUUGAACAAUAACACUGUAGGCAACAAACAACAACACCAAUCGGCUUCAUUGAAUUUAAACCAAGCGCCAAGUGGGCACGCAUCCCUGGCACCGAAUACUUCGGGAGCCAGUGAUAUUAAUAAGGAUUCCAAUUUCGAGUACGACGAUAACGAGUGGGAUGUUGGUAUAGGCGAUCUAAUUAUUGAUUUAGACGCAGAUAUUGAAAAGUCGUCCUUCGGUAAUCUACAAUCAAGUGGAACAUCGUUCCAGGCAAGCAGCACCAAUCCAUCGUCAACAUCUACGAGCCAACCAUUAACAACACUUACAUCAACUUUAGAUACGUUAGAAGACGAUCGCAAGAAAGUUGCUCCGAAGAAAAUUUCAAACGAAACAAUCAAAGAGUUUGAGACGUUGGAUACAUUGCCUAUCCGAUCAAACAUUUCAACCAAUAUUUCUAAAAUAGAAGCGUCCACAAUUACGGCAUUGAAAGAAGAAAAUAUAAAAACAUCUUCAUCCAGGCAUCACUUAUCUUCGCCUUCCGGUUCAUCUUCUGUAUCUCAAUUUGUGUCUGGAUUGCAUAAUCAUCACAAACCAAGUAUUGGCCAAGAUUCUUCGAACAGAACUGCCAGUAAUCUUUCCAAACACUCCGUACUGUUGAGUCAACUAAAUAGUGGAAAACAGUUAAAGGCUUCGUCUUUAGAGGCGUCUAUAUUGAAGCAACAAUAUUCGUGCAGUACUGAUAAUAACAGUGAUAGCAGUAACAGUAGCAACAAUAGUGGUCCAGAUCUUGACUUGGCAAAGAGCAGCAUAAGUAGCAGCUCUAGCACAAUGUCCUCGGCGACUUCUAGUUCAGGUGGUAAAUCUGCCACCAAACUUUCUGUAGAUCAUCAAGCUACCCUCGAUAAAGGUCUGAAAAUGAAAAUCAAACGAACAAAGCCUGGCACAAAAACUUCCGAAGCGAAACACGAAAUUGUUAAAGCAGAGCAAAACGGCACUGGGUCUUUGUCGUCGUCCAGUAUGGACGAGAAUAAUAGUAACAGCAAUAGCGGGUCAAACUCCAGUAACAAAAAACAUUCGUCGCAAUCUCAAACGCAGCAGCAGCUAUCAGUGAACGCGAAUCUAUCACAGCAACAGCAGCAACAACAGGGCACGAAAAGAGGUAGCAGUGGACAUCGAAGGGAUAAGACGAAAGAGAAAACAACACAUCACAAUCAGCGGGAUAAAAACGAUCAUAAUAGCAGUAGCACCAGUGGGACAAUCGGUGUUGAUCGGGGUUGUAGUUGCACUCACGAAAUGCAAGUAAACGGCAAUCAUCAGCCAUGUUCCAGUAUAUCAUGUGUUAGGAGCAGAACAUCGGAUCAAUCGAUAAGCUCACUCACUCAGCGAAUAUCAAAUCAAAAUAACUCGAGUACAAGUACUUCAAAUAGUUUAUUUUCUUCGAAUACAAGUACGGGUUCAACGUUAAGUAACAAUAGUAGUAGCAGUAGCAACACUCCAAACGCUCCAGGUCCGCCUUCUUCGAAGGAUAGUAAGCUCUCUUCCGCGGCGACAUCGAGCAAUUCACAGCUAUCAAAUCUUCAGCACUCUACAUCUUCAAAUGGUAGUGGAAACAGCGGAAGUGGUAACAAUAAUCCUAAUUCCGGUAGCAGUUCCAGUUCUAAUAGCAGCGGAUCUUCGAACAUAGCUUUGAAAUCGCAACUUCAGAUGUCAAAUCCGCCAUCCAAUUUGCUAAAUGCACUUUCAUCCGGUUCAUUGACUUCUACCCUUUCCUCGUCUUCCGGUCUUUCAUCGGGCAGUAGCAUGCAAUCAACUAUUGGAGAUACUAGCAUAACAGAUUUGAAGGAAGAGAAAGAAGAUUCAAGUCCUCCACCAGCCAAACGACAGAAAUGUGAUCCAAAAGAUAUGGUGGAUGUAUGUGUGGGUACUUCUAUUGGCACAAUCACCGAACCGGAUUGUCUUGGCCCGUGCGAGCCUGGAACUUCGGUUACAUUGGAAGGCAUUGUGUGGCAUGAAACUGAAGGAGGAGUUUUAGUUGUAAAUGUAACCUGGCGUGGUAAAACAUACGUCGGAACUCUUAUAGACUGUACGAAACAUGACUGGGCACCACCACGAUUUUGUGAUUCACCAACUGAAGAAUUGGAUUCUCGAACCCUAAAGGGAAGAGCUAAACGGGGCAGGAACUCCGGUUUAUUUCCUAUGAAUGAUUUGAGUAAUUUUACUGAAACUCGAAGCUCUAUGCAUAGCAAACUACGCAAUGGUGCCACAAAAGGUCGUGGUGGUCGUACUACGACUGCAGAAAGCAGUUCUUCUAAAACGACUACCACAACGACGACGACAACCGCUAGUUCAUCUGUUAGUACGAGUACGAGCGUUAGUUCAAAUACUCCUUCUACAUCCCCAGUUGCGUUUCUUCCCCCGCGAUCUGAAAAGCGAAAAUCAAAAGACGAACCACCCUCACCAGUGAACAUAGGCAAUGGAAGUUCGAACAAUACUAGCGGUAGUACCCAGGCUCCGAGCAGUUCUACUUCAACCAGUACCAGUAAUUUGUCAAACAACGGUCCUCAAGGAACCACACAAAAUGUGGUAAAUCCAAUGACUGGACUAAAUGUUCAAAUUUCUACUAAAAAAUGCAAAAGCGCCUCGUCUCCUUGCGCUGUAUCACCAGUACUAUUGGAAUGUCCAGAACAAGAUUGUAGUAAAAAAUAUAAGCAUGCCAAUGGGCUGAGGUACCAUCAAAGUCAUGCUCAUGGAAGUGUUUCAUCUAUGGACGAAGAUUCCUCGCAUCCUCCAGAGUCACCUCAACGAGUUGCAGCACCCGCGACUCCGCCUCCCACGUGCUCAACUACAAGUCAAACAACGGUUCAAACCACAACGACAUCCACAAGUACAAACAGUAGUGCAUUGUCAUCCGAAUCGAAUAUGAUCACUUCUGAAAAUUCAUCAUCUCAAGUGCUUGUAUCGAUUGCGGUCGUGCCAGGCAUCUCAGACAGUAUAUCGACGGGGACGACAACGGUCACCACCUCUUCGAGUACAACUACUACCAGUCUCCUUAUGGCGGCAACGGAAUCGAACUCUCUACCCACUUCAUCUGUGGUAUCACAAAGCUCAAAUUCGCAAACACCGAUCACAUCGUUGUCAACUGCCAGCGGUAGUAUAACUACGGGCAUUGCUGGACAAUCCCAGUUAAAUCCAAUGGCAGUUGUUGGAGACAAUCCAAGUUUAGUUAGCACAGCGUACCCCAAUAACGGUAAUUGUACAACCAUCAAUACGCAACCAACAGUUCCACCGCAGUCACAACCACCAUUAGUUUCUACGCCGGGUAGUACUCCUGGUACACCGACCCGAAGUGGUGAUCAAAGUGCUAAGGGGAAACCUGGUGUUUUAAGGUUUGGGCCUCUUCCUAUCGACGGAAGUGAUACGAAUAUACGAUUGCCAACUGCUGCACAAGGUGUACCGAAUACUCCGGGAUCCGUAGUUCCGAUUUCACAGGGCACUCCCAUCAGAAUCCCUACUAGUGCAGGUGGGAGUCUAUUGGGUAUGUCUCCAAACGCCACCCCAGGAACACCUGAAGCGUUAACACCCAAAUCACAAAGCUGUACGAAACAGAAAAAGAAUCGAAAGUCACCUGGUCCUCCUGAAUUCGAUAUUGCCGCUUCCAACAGAGCAGAAGAUGUCCAAAGUCCAGCUUACAGCGACAUUAGUGACGAUUCGACUCCUGUGGUGGAUGUCAAUGAUUUAGAAAAAUCUAAAGUGCCUCCUCUGCCAGAUGGAAGCAAAAAACCAAACGAGACUGUUCCAAAUCAGAUGGGUCCUCUCAGCAGCUAUGGAAUGUUCCCUUACUAUCCCGGUAUGCCUCAUCAACCUCCGUACUUUUCUGCAGAACAUCAACAGAGUAAACCACCUGGCUUAGGUCAUUCACCUCUCGGCCCGAACUCUACGGCAAUGGACUAUAAAAGCAAAGAGCCGCCAAUUGAUCUUAUGAACAAACCAAAUCCACAACAGCAACAACAACAACAACAACAACAACCGCAAGCACUACCACCAGGUCAAACUUCAUCUCAUCCGCAACAGCAGCAGCUUCCACCUGGAGAACCAUCUGGGCAACAACCUAAAGAUGGUCCACCUGGAGCUCCACCUGGACAUCCAGGAGCAGGAAAAAUGAUGCAACAUUUCUAUCCAUAUGGCUAUAUGCCCACAGGGUUCGGUUACAACUUGGAUCCCAAUUAUGGUCCAGUAUCAAUGUUGUCAGAGGAAGGCAAACACGUCCAACAAGUACCUGGUCAGAUGAAAGAAGAAAGGUUAAAAGAAAGUCCUAGUCCAAACGAGUUUGCUAAAAUGGCCCCCCAGAUGGUGCCAACUAAAAUGAUAAAGGCUGAGCCGCUUGUGGUUAAAGAUAUUAAGACUGAGAGUAUACAUUCGAUGCAUCCCAAGGAUCAGCCUGGACCCCCUCUUGGUCAGCAACAGCAGCAGACGCAGCCGGGGCAACCUCCAAUCAGUGCCUAUAGUGGAUUGUAUCGACAUGGGUUGAAUGUUGGACCUCCAACGCAACAGCCGCCACAUAUGAAUAGAGAAGAAGAUUUGCGACGAUUAUUCAACUAUCCAGAUCAGCGAAGAACGAGUACUUCAAGCAAUUCAUCGACGUCGAAUAUAAACUCUAAAGAUGAACCUCCUUCACCAUCUCAACAAAAUCCAAAUUCUUCACAUACUCAACCACCGAAUCAAUCCUUAAAUAGCUCACAGCAGAAAAGUUCCAAAGGUUUAUCAUCGUCGCAAUCGGCGAUCAAACAAUCAAAGGACAUCAAGGUUGAGGAUAAGGAGUUAUUAAAAGUCAAACAAGAAGGACAAAAACCUACGAUGGAAACACAAGGUCCUCCGCCUCCACCCACUUCGCAAUAUUAUCCUCAUUCGCUUUACAUGAGUGCGGGUCCAUUUGGAUUUGAUCCGAACCAUCAGAUGUAUCGGAACAUGUUGGUACCAGCGGCUUCGUACAGCACGCCGCCAUAUCACCUGCAAAUUCCGAGAUACAAUACACCCGAAGAUUUAUCACGAAACCCCAACACUAAAGCAUUGGACUUGCUCCAGCAUCACGCCAGCCAAUACUACAACUCGCACAAAAUUCAUGAGCUUAGAGAAGGGGCACUGAAAAGUCCUACAAGUAGUGUGAAAGUGAGCGUUUCUAGUCCCAAUCUGUCCCAGCAGCCAACCAGUCAGAAUCCUGGCAUGUGUAUACCACCUUCCAAUCCCGGAGCGGGAUUGCCGAUGCCACAGUCGCAGCAAGGUCCACCCUCAUCUCAUUCAUCGCAAGGCCCACCACCUACAGGGCCGCCACAUACGCCUUCUCAAGCUGGAGGUCCGAAUCCAGGAGGUGGUCUUGGUAGUGGUGGUAGUGGCGGUGGUCCAAGUAUCGUGCCACCUGACAUGCAAAAAGAACCUGGUGGGCCGAAUAUGAUGAGCCAAGGUCCUACACCACCAGGUGGUGGUGCUCCAUCACAGCAACCAGGUCAACCACCGAGUGGUGCAAGAAGCCCACCACCUCAACGACACGUUCACACGCAUCACCACACACAUGUCGGACUUGGAUAUCCGAUGUUCCAGGCUCCCUAUGGAGGUAUGUAGAGCGGUGCUAGCGAGUCAACAAGCGGCAGCGGCAGCGGUAACUGUGAUAAGUCCAUACCCAAAUGGACCACCCGCCAAGUAGUAGAAAACCAUGUCAGCAAAAGCCACUGAACAGAAAAAAGGGUCAGUAGCAGACAGAGUAUAAAAACGAUGGGAAAAAAUGUGAUAGUUCACUUUUAAAGGAAAAUAAACUCAAAAUCUCCACCGAAUAACCGUGGAUGAUUAAUUUCCUCUCAGCAAAACGACUUAGACUUGAAAAACAGUCCACCGUUAAAAGAAUAGGAGAAGAGAGAGCUAUACCAAAACGGAAACGAAUUUCGGAUAAAGUGAACAAAUAUUAGAAUAUAAAGCGACACGUAUUUUAUCAGUGUACAACUGGAUGAGGUUUUUAACUGAAAAGUGUAUUGCGUAGGACUUACAUUUAGAUUAGUAGCUUUAGUAAUUGUUAGAAUAAGCUUAGAAAUAGUUUAGAGUAUCUAUAUUUGUACAAAACAAAAUAAAACUUAAAAAAAAUAAAAUAGAUUUUUUUCAGUAGUGCAACAUUGUUGUGGUAAAACAGUCGUGAGUAGGUAAUUUUUUUUAUUGUUGGUUCAUGAAAAUAACAUGUAAAUAGUCUGCAUCGUACUGAUUCCUGAUGGAUCCUGUCUUUCGAUUUUAUCGAUUCUCAGCUGCAGUUGUAGAUCAAAACCUAACUUUUCAAUUGAACCAAAUGGCGAACCAAUAAAGGUCGGCAAACCUGUAGGUAUGUCUGUUUGUAUAUGGGUAUACAAUUACCGAUAGCAUACACCGUUUGAAGUCUCCAACUUCCAAAAGCUCGCAUUGCAAAUUCCUAGCGAUUUUAUCUCGUUACACUAUAUGCGAAGUGUUAAUUGUUGGAUGGAGCUUAAAAGCUAUCGGUCUGCAUUGUAAAACCAAACAAGUAUAUAGGGCAUAUUCAAACAGACAAAUUUAAACAUGCUGCUGGGCCAAGUUAAACCUACUUCCCCUGAAUGUUCAUCCUGGAAACCAAUAAACACUGUAAAUAGGAUAAUCAGAACAACAAAUCAACAAUACAAUGUAAUGUUUGUUUAUCUACAACUAUUUCAGAGUCUCAUCCCACUCAGACUGCAAAACAAUAAAAAGAUCGGGUCAGUUAUUUAGAUCGCGCUUUCCUAUUUCACCGAUGAAUAUAUGUAUUAUAAUUUGAAAUCGGCUAGUUUCUACAGCUACACACACGACUGAUAACUAGUGGAGCUCGUAUGCUUUACUGCAAGCAAAGCUUUCAAGUUGUAGAUUAUCACGGGCAAUACACGAAUUUGCACUUUAAACGCAAAUAAGAAAACUUUUAAAUGUAUUACCUACUUCAUCGACAUACACAUAUAAAUAAUUAUCUAACUGUAAAUAAGGAAGGAAAAAUUGCUGUGCUAUUCGCUGAACUAUUGCAACACAAAAAUAUAGUUGUUAAAACUAAACUAUUCUGCCUGAUGGAUUCAGAAUCCUUCACAGAACUUCGCCAUUGAUGUCGAAUUGAUAAGUGAAUUGGUUAAAUUGAGCGCGACCCUUAGGUAUUCACUGUAUAUAUUAAUUUACCGCAAAUCUGUCGUAGGAGAAAACAUGUGAUCUUCUCAACCAAGAAGAAUUAAACAGUAUGUAAAUCAAACAAACAAACAUGCGCCCAUCAUAUACAAUAAGCAAAACCCAUACGAAUGUGUAAAAACAAAUAUGCAACAUCCACAUUGUGCGAUGGGAGUUGAAAAUUUCAAGCUUUAGAUGUGUCGAUUCAAUAAAAACGCAUGGUAUUGUGCGUUACGAAAAACAGAAACCGUUGAAUAGACUGUAUGUUUACGUAAGGCUCUCUGGUAGAGAGCUAAAGCCCAUCCCUCUUCCCUAAUUCAUCGCGCAUCUAAAUACUUCCUAUCGAUAGAAAACAACAUUUAUCUUUUGAACUGAUACUCAGUUCUGACAGCAACAGAAAAUGUUUCGGCUAAUUGGAAAACUUCAGAGAUUAACUACAGUAAAAUAAAUAUAUGUAUAAAACAAAUACUACUAAACAAGAAAAUAUAAUUACUAUUAAAUCUAUUAUAUAUAGAAAUACAUUCCUUGUAUCAAAGCGUAAACAUUGGUGACAAAAAAUAAAUUAAAAUUAUGAUUACA